AUUGGUCUGUCAUGGAUUAGACCACCAGAAAGUGAAAUGGCCUUCCCCGAUAUAAAGAAACCUCAUCCAAUUGGAUUUUUUAGCAUUGAUGGUGAUCGAAUGUUCGAACCCAACGAUACUCAAUUGAAAUACUACAAAAGCCCAGCAGCUGAAGCUUUCCCUUUGGAUUUAAAUGCCGGCCUCAAUAGAGUCAUCCACAAACCAGAAUCUGCCCGAAAUGAAUUAUUGGAUCAUUUAUUACGUUUCCUAUAUGAUCAUCAACAAAGGAUUUUUGUAAAUUCGCCGGCUCCUGAAUUUGUAUCAUAUCGAGGUUUGCUACGACUACUGAUGUGUACACCAUAUGAACACCGAAGUGAUUGGUGUAUCCACGUUACACGAUUUAAGAAUACAAUUUAUUUGGUAGAACGUGAGACGGAGCAGAAACGUUAUGAACGAUCUCAAGAGAGUCAAUUUCAGAAGAAUUGUUGUUCGUGGGGUUUUAAAUUUGAGCAAUAUUGUUUGUCAGAUUCACCGUUUCGAGAACCGGAUACAAGUCCCCCCGUUAAUGAGUCCGAGGAGUUUUCUCUUGUCUUCCAUACACGUUUGGCUGGUAUGAAUUUGUUGUAUGGCGCUGAAAUGGAUGGUGUUAUAAGUGAACAACCGGUCCAGCUAAACUAUGACAAACCUGUAUUGGAGAAUCUAAAAUUCGUUGAGCUCAAAACACGUCAAGCUCUUUUUAACGAUCGACAACGCACAUCCUAUCUAAAAUUCAAAUCACGCAAUUGGUGGUGUCAGUCCUUUUUGGUUGGCAUCGAAGAUCUUUAUGUUGGUAUACGUAAUGACAAGGGUUUUGUCAGAAGUUUGGAGCAUAUCGAAACGCGUUCUUUGCCAAAAAAUGGACAAAAUCAUUGGUCCCCUUGGGUCUGUGCAAAUUUCCUCAGUCAAUUUCUGGGUCGCCUCAAAGCUAUUACAGCAAAUCUUAACUGCCCUUAUACAGUAUAUGAAUUUUAUUUUAAUGCCAGAUCGGGACAAAUAAAUUAUGUUUGUCUGCCGGGUAAAACAGAUCAUUCAUUUCUACCCGAUUGGUAUGUUGAAUCAUUUUCACGUCUCAAUAAAAAUUCAAAAUAA